GAUUUUGACCUGGCUACCAUCUAUGUGUCAGAUGCCCAGUACAACAGAAACAUCUACUUUGAUACGUCGCCCCCGGCUGUCAGUUUCAGACUCUACCUCCUCUACAACCACUGGGCCUUAAAGGUUCUCCUGUAUUUCUUCAUCCUGGUCAAUCUGUCGCUGGCGAUCUUUGAGGAACCGGCUCUGGUUUCUCUGCCCACGUGGGCCACCAUGCUGGUGGAGCUGCUCUGCCUGCUCGUCUUCACCAUUCGGCUUGUUCACUACGCCAAGGUGAUUCCCCGGGAAAAGUUCUGGAAGGACCCAAAGAACAUCUGCAUCAUCGUCGUCCUCUUGCUCACGUUAAUAGACAUGAUCAUCUACGGAGCGCUGAAAGCUGCUAACCUUUACAGCGUUCGCUGGUCUCGAGUGCUGCGCCCGCUCCUGUUGAUCAACGUCACAGAAGGACGGCAGCUCCGCAGAGCGUUCAGGAGCAUCCGGAACGCUCUUCCUGAGGUCUCCUCUGUCUUCGUCCUCUUCAUAUUCAGUGUCCUCAUGUUCUCCCUCAUGGCCCUCAAGCUGCUGAGCAAACGAGGCCUGAAGACCAUAGAAGGAGCUUCGUAUUUCACCAACUACCUGGAGAUUGUCUUUGACCUGUAUGUCCUCGUCACCACAGCCAACAGUCCUGACGUCAUGAUGCCUGCAUACAACGCCAACUCUAUUUUCGCCCUGUUCUUCAUCUUGUACAUCCUCGUCAACACGUACAUCUUCAUGUCCGUCUUCCUGGCUGUUGUGUUCAACAACUACAAAAAACACCUCAAGGAGGAGAUACGGCAGCUGGUGAGGGCCAAACGGCACAAAAUGGCGCGAGCGUUCGGCGUCCUGCAGGAGCAGAGGGAAGAAGGCGGCCCGCCUGUGGUGAGCCAUGAAAACUGGAACAAGCUGGUCCAACAGGCACGACCCGACAUCAGCAGCGCCCACAGAGAGCUGCUGUGGAAAGUCUGCGACGACAGCAACCAAGGCUUCAUAGGUAAGGUGGCUUUUGUCCAGCUGGCCGAUCUUCUGAACAUCGAAGUGAUUACGCUGAAGUCGAGACCGCACCCACUUCAGAGUCUGAUCCCCAGUUUGUACGAGUCGAAGCCGAGCCGCUUGGUCUGCAGAGUGGUCCAACACCGGGGCUUUGUCAUCACCUUCGACCUGAUCAUCCUGGUGAAUGCCGUGUUUAUCGGCCUGGAUGAGGAGAAUCCGCUGAUCUCCAACUCGGAGUGGGUUUUUCUGGCGCUCUACGUUCUGGAGAUCCUGUUGAAACUCUACGUGUUUGAGCCCAGAGCCUUCUUCUCCAAACACAGCUUCUGGAACUGGUUUGACACCAUCGUCGUCGUUGCUGCUCUUAUUGCCACAAUCGUCAACUCUGCCUUAAAAUCAUCGGGCGGAUACACCAGCCGGCAGGUUCUGGACAUUGUCUUCAUCCUGCGAGUCCUCAGGUUGAUCCGGGUGGUGGACAGCAUCAAGAGGUUUCGUGCGAUCAUCAACACACUGAUAAGAAUUGGUCCUGCGAUUCUUACAUUUGGACAGCUCAUUCUCGUGGUGUAUUACGUCUUUGCCAUGGUGGGGAUGGAGUUGUUCAAAAACAAAGUGAAGUUCUAUGAAGACAUCACCAACCCAGAGAAGGCAUACUGCGGAAAUCCGUUACUGAAAGGCAGCACGUUUGCACAACUCAGCUACUGCAAAAAUAAUUUCAAUAAUGUGGUUUCCUCCUUCAUCCUGCUGUUGGAGCUCACUGUUGUCAACCAAUGGCACGUGCUCGGCACCGGAUUUGCCACCGUCACUCAUAAAUCGGCCCUGAUCUUCUUCGUCCUCUUCCACGUCAUGGUUGUGAUCAUCAUCAUCAAUAUCUUUGUGGCGUUUGUUCUCGAGGCGUUCUUUGUGGAGUACUCUGUGGGUAAAGGUGAUCUGCAAACAUCUCUGGAGAGGAAAAUUGAGGAACUGGAGCUCACCGUGGCACAGGAAAAACUGGAGGACAAUUUGGUCAACGCCAUGGAAACCAUUGACAACGAUUUAGGAUCUGGGCAGUCACCUACAGCAAACCUGCCUUCGCUCCUGUUUAAAGUUGCUUCCAAAAGAUACCGGACAGUGGACGCGUUGUUGCAGCGGAUGUUCGAGGCGGACCUCGACCCAGAAGAUUUCGCUGAGAACGACAUUCCUGAAGACCAGGCUGGGAACUUUGAAAAUCCCACAUUUGGAGUAGCAUAGACAACUCGGCACAGUUUUAUAGCACAUGUAUAAAAAAGAGAAAUUGUAAUUAGACAUAGUUUUACAUGUUGAAAUGUGAUGCUUAACCAGUGCAAUGCAUCAGCUGUUUGAUUGUGUCAUGACCCGAGUUUUAUUUUUAUACUUGCGUACAAAAGCAAAAAGUGUAGAAUCAAAACAAAUUUGUAUUUUCACAUAAAAGCAUGUUUACAUUGAUGUCUUGUGUGUUGAAAUAUUUGAGGAGAAAAAAACAAAACUUUGUAACUUUUUCAGAAGAAAUGAGCAAACCUCUUGCAUUUUUAUUUGCACUGAAAAAGCAAAUGGCAUGUUGUAUUUAUUUUCUGUUCAUCUCAAUAAAUGGCAUUAUCACCAAACUCAC